AUGGCCGAGCCGAGCGAGCCGGAGCGCGCCCUGCGCCGCCGCCUGCCCCGCCGCCUGCCCCGCCGCCGGGGCGACGUCUACGUGAACAUGCGGACCGACUUCAGGGCGCAGCUGGGCCGCUGCCAGAAGCUGCUGGCGCCCGGCGGGGGCUGCGCCGAGCUGUGCAUCCACGGGCUGGGCCUGGCCAUCCCGCGCGCCAUCAACAUCGCCCUGCAGCUGGAGGCGGCCGGCGGCGGCGCCCUCCGCCUGGCCGCCAACACCUCCACCGUCCAGCUGGCCGACGGCGCCGAGCCCGAGGGCGACCGCGAGGAGCCGCUGACCCGCGCCCGGCACAACUCCGCCAUCCACAUCCGCGUCCUGCGCGCCGCCCCGGAGUAG